AGCAGUUUGCUUUGCUAGUCUCAUCCAAUUUUCCCCACUCAUCUUCUUCGUUGCAUAACUGAGAAGGGGUUCUUACCUUCGAAGUCAUGGGGUACCCAGUAGCAAGUAUAUAACAGUAGUAGUAAUUUUUGGGAAGUGGAAUGGCGCUCCCAUCUCUGUCGCCCACCAAUAACUUUUCCUCCCCAUCCUCCUAUUCUGUUUCACCUUUCAGUUCCAAAUUUCCCACUUUUCAUCGUCAACUCAAUAGUUAUUGCACUCGACAUCUUCUACUAUUAAGGGAAUGCACCAGUAGCAGUAGCUUCCUUUUCCGGGGUGGAAAAAAUAACUCGGCACACGGAUAUUGUCAUUUUUACGCUCCAAGAGAGCGGAAGACGAUGACAGUGGCGGCGGCGUCAUUAGGAGGUCUACUGGGCGGAAUCUUCAAGGGUGGGGCUGACACCGGGGAGUCCACCAGGCAGCAAUACUCUGCCACCGUCGCUCUCAUCAACUCUCUUGAAUCCGAGCUGACGUCUCUCUCGGACUCUCAGCUGAGGGAUAGGACCACUCUCUUGAGGCAACGAGCUCGCCAAGGUCCCCAAUCUUUAGACUCUAUUUUACCUGAGGCGUUUGCUAUAGUGAGAGAGGCUUCGAAGAGGGUUCUAGGUCUUCGUCCUUUUGAUGUUCAACUGAUAGGUGGCAUGGUACUUCAUAAAGGAGAAAUAGCUGAAAUGAGGACGGGAGAGGGAAAGACUCUGGUGGCCAUAUUACCAGCUUAUUUAAAUGCUUUAAGUGGUAAAGGAGUUCAUGUUGUUACUGUGAAUGAUUACCUUGCAAGGAGGGACUGUGAAUGGGUCGGUCAAGUUGCCCGUUUUCUUGGACUCACGGUUGGCCUAAUCCAGCAAAACAUGACAAGUGAACAAAGGAGGCAGAAUUACUUGUGUGACAUCACAUACGUCACCAAUAGUGAGCUUGGUUUUGAUUACUUAAGAGACAAUCUUGCCAUGAGUGUUGAUGAGCUUGUAUUAAGAGGUUUCAAUUACUGUGUCAUCGAUGAGGUCGAUUCAAUUCUAAUUGAUGAAGCAAGAACUCCUCUUAUUAUAUCAGGACCUGCUGAAAAACCAAGCGAACAAUACUACAAAGCUGCUAAAAUAGCUGCUGCUUUUGAGCGAGAUAUACAUUAUACGGUUGAUGAGAAGCAGAAAAAUGUUUUACUCACAGAACAGGGUUAUGCAGAUGCUGAGGAAAUUCUAGAAGUAAAGGAUCUAUAUGAUCCUCGAGAACAGUGGGCCUCAUUUGUCUUGAAUGCAAUAAAAGCUAAAGAGCUCUUUCUCAGAGAUGUCAACUAUAUUAUACGUGCCAAAGAGGUUCUCAUAGUGGACGAGUUUAGUGGUCGAGUCAUGCAGGGGAGGCGUUGGAGUGAUGGGCUUCACCAGGCGGUGGAAGCCAAAGAAAGCUUGCCCAUACAAAAUGAGACGGUGACACUGGCCUCAAUUAGCUACCAAAACUUCUUUCUUCAGUUCCCAAAACUUUGUGGCAUGACUGGCACCGCUGCAACUGAGAGUUCAGAGUUUGAAAGUAUUUACAAGCUCAAAGUUACAAUUGUGCCCACAAACAAGCCUAUGAUAAGAAAGGAUGACUCAGACGUGGUAUUUAGGGCAACCACGGGAAAAUGGCAGGCGGUGGUGGUAGAAAUUUCUAGAAUGAACAAGACAGGGCGGCCUGUGCUUGUUGGGACAACCAGUGUUGAACAGAGUGACACAUUGUCCAAACAACUCCGUGAAGCUGGAAUCCCUCAUGAGGUUCUAAAUGCCAAACCAGAAAAUGUGGAAAGAGAAGCUGAGAUUGUGGCACAAAGUGGUCGCCUUGGUGCAGUUACUAUUGCUACAAAUAUGGCGGGCCGAGGAACCGAUAUAAUUCUUGGUGGUAAUGCAGAGUUUAUGGCUAGGUUGAAGCUACGUGAGUUGCUCAUGCCAAGCAUUGUAAAGCCAGCUGAGGGAGUUUUUGUUUCUGUGAAGAAAGCUCCCCCAAAGAAGACAUGGAAGGUGAGUGAAAGUUUGUUCCCGUGUUCACUAUCUCAAGAAAAUAGCUUGGUGGUUGAGGACGCUGUACAUUUGGCUGUCAGUUCAUGGGGUCGAAGAUCUUUAGCUGAGUUGGAAGCAGAAGAGCGGUUAUCUUAUGCUUGUGAAAAGGGUCCGGCUCAAGAUGAAGUAAUUGCCAAAUUGCGCCAUUCUUUCCUACAAAUUGCAAAAGAAUAUAAGACUUACACCGAGGAAGAAAGGAAGAAGGUUGUAGCAGCUGGGGGACUUCAUGUCAUCGGGACGGAACGCCAUGAAUCACGGAGAAUCGACAACCAGCUGCGUGGUAGAAGUGGCAGGCAGGGGGAUCCUGGAAGUUCGCGUUUCUUCCUUAGUCUGGAAGAUAAUAUCUUUCGCAUUUUUGGGGGUGAUAGAAUUCAGGGUAUGAUGAGGGCUUUUAGAGUUGAGGAUUUACCAAUUGAAUCAAAAAUGUUGACGAAAGCAUUGGACGAAGCUCAAAGAAAAGUGGAGAAUUACUUUUUUGAUAUCAGAAAGCAAUUAUUUGAGUAUGACGAGGUUCUCAACAGCCAAAGAGACCGUGUCUAUACGGAGAGAAGGAGAGCUCUACAGUCUGAAGAUCUUCAAUCUCUAUUGAUCGAAUAUUCUGAACUCACAAUGGAUGACAUAUUAGAGGCAAAUAUUGGUUCUGAUGCUCCAAAGGAAAACUGGGAUUUUGAAAAGCUUAUUGCAAAACUCCAGCAGUAUUGCUAUCUUUUGAAUGACUUGACUCCAGAUUUACUGGCAAGCCAGUGUGCGACUUAUGAAGAUUUGAGGAUUUAUCUUCGUGUUUGUGGACGCAAAGCAUAUUUACAGAAGAGGGAUAUUGUGGAGAAAGAAGCUCCAGGGUUGAUGAAGGAAGCAGAAAGGUUUCUGAUAUUGAGCAACAUAGAUAGGCUAUGGAAAGAACACUUGCAAGCACUUAAAUUUGUUCAACAAGCUGUAGGGUUACGUGGAUAUGCACAAAGAGAUCCUUUGAUCGAGUACAAGCUUGAAGGCUACAAUCUUUUUAUUGAGAUGAUGGCGCAAAUAAGAAGAAAUGUUAUAUAUUCUAUAUACCAGUUUAAACCGGUGAUGGUGAACAAGGAUCAAGGGAAAACCAGCAACAGCAAAAUAAAGGAUAAGGAUAAUGGCUCAGUGACCCCGCCACCACCACCAUCAUCAUCAUCAUCAUCAUCAGCCUCAUCUGUCAGCGUCUGAGUAGCAGUCCAAAUGGCAUGGACCCCACCUGCAGAUAAUUGUGUAUAUUUGUGACCCUGAAGAUAAUAAGAAUUUGGGCUGCCUGUAGACUGUAGAGAGGAGAGGAAAGGAAGAGGAAGCAUAUACUUACUGUAAAGUUGCUUCAUAAUCAUUUCCUAUUUCCAUAAUCAUACAAAAAGAAUUGUGUAGCCUUCCUUGUAAACAGAUCGACUUCCUUGGAAACUAAUUCACAAUAUUAUAUUAUUAUAUGAUGGUAAUAAAUGCUUUUAAGCGA